AUGGGAUGGGUGCGAAACGCGUCGCCCGAGGUUGAGGCCAUCUCACAGUGGCCUCUGAUCAUCGGGCUCUGUGUGGCUUUGUCGUUUAUGUCCAUCACCGUUGUGUCAUCAAGGUUGUUUAUUCGUCACAAGGCGCGCGGGCUCGCGGCGGACGAUUACUUUGCUGGCCUUUCAAUGUUGUUUGCCUUGGUCUACUCCAUCUUGACUGUGGUUCAAACCCGGUACGGCUUGGGGCUGCCAGUUCUCCUUCGACCAAAAGCCAAUCUUGUCACCUAUACCAGAGUCAAUUUCGCAGGGCGGCCUUUUUACCAACUCGGCAUCAGCUUCUUCAAGAUUGCUCUGCUGAUAAGUUACCUUCGCCUUCUCCAAGGCACAGACCACAAAACAUAUCGUAAAGUGGUCUGGGCCAUCAUAGGAUUUGUAUUCUGCAGCCACUUAGGAUGCACUCUCGCGCUCAUCUUUGCUUGUGAUCCGGUUGACAAGUCAUGGAAUCCGCUCAAGGCAGGCGUUUGCCUCCCUCCAGGUCCUUCGUUUACGGGCUACGCCGUUGUCACGAUUGUUUCAGAUAUCAUCGUCACAUUACUACCCAUCCCGGUUUUGCUGAAGCUCAAUAUCAAGCUCGAGAAGAAGCUGGGCCUAAUUGUCGUCUUUAUCCUCGGCAUUUUCACCACCAUCUGCUCCGUCAUGAGAUAUAGCCAAAUCAACCGCAUUCAGUUCGGCGACGGCAACUCCACCAUGCUCGUUCUCUGGGGCACGAUUGAAUUUAAUGUCGGCAAUGUCGUCUCUUCACUGCCCUUCCUAGCGCCUGUCUUUGUCAAGAAGGCCCGUGGCUACCGCUCAAAACCUACCAGCGGGUACGGCCGUUCGGGAUCGCAUGUCCUUGGAGGCAAAAGUGGCGACCGUUACAAGCUCAGCGAUGUCGGGCGCGACAAGAGCGCGUUCGUUUCGGCGAAUGAUAGGAGCAACAGCGAAGAGAACAUUCUCUCGACGCUGCCGGAGCACUCCAUUGUCAAAUCCAUGACGUAUUCUGUUCAGGUGGACGAUAACGCGGCCGCAACAUCAUCAUCCAGUAAAGCGGCGGGCCGCUUAGAUCUCUAG